AUGUUGGUGGCAGAAUUUGAGCACCACCACCCCCAGCUUCUCAAGAAGCUGCAGGUGGUGGAGUUCAACCAGGCCAUCAAGGAGCCGCUGCUGAGACGCGGAAUUAAGUUUACCUACGGUGACUUCUCAAGCCCUGAUGUCCUGGAGCACUGCUUCCAUGGAGAGCCAAAGGCACUGCUUGAUGCGAUGAUGUGGCCUCGAUUGUUUGUGAUGUUCGUGCUUUAUGGUGCUAUUCUUGACGAUGGGUCGGGCGCUGCUACUUGUGUCAGCCUCAGCGAGAUUCUUGCUGCAGACCGUCUUGACCACUUCCUUGUGCAUUGCUGUGCCGUAACUGCGCAGAUCAUCAUCUCUACGACACCGGACACGAUGCUUCAAGGCCUUUCAGCUGCAAGGAAGACUUCAGCUGCUAUGGCCCACAAUGCAGCGGCUGCCUUCGUUUCGAACUUUUCGCUCAUUGCCUUGGGUCUUCUGCUGAAGCGGUGCAAUAUCGUGCAGGAGACCGAUGGGCGCACGCUACUGAAGCUGGCUUUGAAUGUGGCCACACCCGCCUUGCUGCUGCACACCUUCGUGGAAGCACCAGGGGGCACAGGCGCUCCAUCCCUCGCCCUGGCGGCCUGGCUUCUGAGCUUCGGCUUGGCUGCCCUGGGCGGCUGGUGGGGCUUUCGAGAGAAGGAGUCGCGCCAGGAACGCGCACUGCUCACUGGCAUGAUGACUGGGUUGAACUUGGGAAUGUUCUCCUAUCCCAUCAUCCACGGAAUAUUCGGAGUGGAAGGGCUCUGCAUUGUGGCCUGCCUGGAUAUUCCGAACAUGAUCGUGAACUUCGCAUACAAUCGUGCUGUCUUUGACGGCUUGGCCCAAGAGAGGCCAUCAGGGGCUCGACUUCUGCGCACCGCUAGCCUCCAGCUCUUGCGUGCUCCGGCCAUGGUUGCAAUCUGGGUGGGGCUUGCCCUGCGCCAGCUUGCCUUGCCUAUGCCAUCAUCAGUGGACGACACCUUGGCCGAGCUGGGCCACGCAAACAAGGUUCUGGUCAUGAUGGGUUUGGGCAUCCUCCUGAAACUCAGGCUUCCCAAGGACCAGCGCAGACAGCUGGCAGAGCUCCUGUCUCUGCGCUGUGCUUUGGGUUUUGCUGCGGCAGCUGGCACCGCCGCUCUGGGACAGCGGCUGGGUACUGCGCCCCUGGUUCAGACGGUUUGCGUCAUGGCGCUUUGCUGCCCUAUCCCAGCCGUCUCCGUGCAGUUCGCGCUGGAGGUGGGAUGUGACAGUGCUUUGGCCGCCGCCGCAGCCAACCUGUCCAACCUUGUGGCAUUUCCCGUUCUUUUCGCGGUGGCAUCCUGGCAUGGAGACCCGGCUGGUCUACAACGAGGUCUUGCGGGCCUCUCAGCAGCCUCCACAGCCUUGUGGUGGACCAUUCGGCGGACACGCACCGCCAGACAUGCUCCUACCGCGACGGCGGCCCUUCGCGGGCAUUCAGCAAAGCUCCAGAUUUGGAAAGGCCUUCCUUUCGCCUGUUGCCUGGUGGGCUUCCAGCUGCCAAAGUUGCGGCUGGUCGCAGGUCUCGAAGCAAGGAGCAGCACUCGCUUGGCCAUGCAGAAUGCUCCGGUGCCGGUCGUGCGAUGUGCUCUGAGGGCGCGCCUUCCGAUCAUGCACUGA